AAACAAACAGUGUUUCAAACCCAAUUAAAAUUUAUAGAAAUAAGAUUUUAUUAUUAUCCAAAUAAAAAGUUGAUACUUAUUGUUUCUACAACAAUCUAAAAAAUGGGUUUUCUAACGAUUUUGAAGAAACUCCGGCAAAAAGAAAAAGAAAUGAGAAUAUUGAUGCUGGGACUGGACAACGCCGGCAAAACCACAAUAUUGAAACGAUUUAACGGCGAGCCAAUCGACACAAUAUCUCCAACUCUAGGAUUUAAUAUUAAGACGUUGGAACACAAGGGUUAUAAAUUGAAUAUUUGGGAUGUUGGAGGACAAAAAUCUCUCAGGUCAUAUUGGAAGAACUACUUUGAAAGUACAGAUGGUGUAGCCUGGGUAGUGGACAGCGCUGAUGCUCGGCGGCUUGCAGACUGUGCCAAGGAGUUACACUCUCUACUGCGGGAGGAGAGGCUGGCUGGGGCCACUCUACUUGUGCUGGCCAAUAAGUCAGAUCUGCCUGGUGCGCUUUCUUUACAGGAGAUUAGGGAGGCACUUGAUCUGGACAGCAUCAAGUCCCAUCACUGGCGUAUUGUGCGCUGCUCCGCGGUGACCGGCGAGAACCUGCUCGACGGCAUGGACUGGAUGCUCGACGAUAUUGCCUCCAGGAUAUUUACACUUGAUUAAUUAUUUUAGUUGGUACUGUGUUUGUAGUGGGCUUGAUUUUAUUAAAACAUAGAAUUUUGAAAGAAGUCUUGUUACAAUUGAUAAUGUGCUGCAUGGAUGUAAACAUUAUAUAAUUUUAAACAUAUUUUUAAAGUAAUUUUCAAUGAGAUGAAGUUUAAACUGAUCUAAUAAUAUAUUUUUUCAAUAUUUAUUUUAUUAACAAGGGUUCGAUCAGACAUAUCUAAUAAUUAUUCAGAUAGAUUUAUUUAUGACAUUAAUCACAUGCUUAACUUGCUUAUUUUCAAGUAUUUUUGUUCCAAAAUUAAUCCAAAAUUCACAACAGGCAGACUGACUAUUUCAUUUAUAA